GUCAUGGGUGGUGCAACUCUUCUCUGCCUUCAGCUGGCAGCUUCCUUGCUGUUGCUGGGUUUCUCAAGUGCCCAGGGUGGGUAUGUGGGCAUUGUGAAUGGCACAGUAGCAAAAAAAGACUCCAGGCCCUACAUGGUCUCUGUGCAGAGAAAUAAGAAUCAUAUCUGUGGUGGCUUUCUGGUGUCUGAGUCAUUUGUCAUGACUGCAGCUCAUUGUAUCACUUGGGGAGUGGAUUUGACUGUUGUGGUAGGAGGACAUGACAUUACAAACCAGAAAAGUGGCACAAGGAUACCAGUGAAAUAUUACCAUGUCAACCCCGGAUACAUACCUGAGACUUUUCAGAAUGACAUUGCAAUUCUACAGCUGGCAGAAGGAGCAAAACAGUCCAAUGUAAAGCGGAUUUCUAUUCCUGAGAAAGACAAAGACAUCAAAGGGGCAGAGGUUUGCAGUGUGGCGGGAUGGGGGGCAACAAAAACCAAUGGCGGUGAAAACAACCUCCUUCUGGAGGCAGAUGUGGUUAUCAUGAAAAAAGAAGAGUGCAAGAAAUUAUGGAAAAAAUACUUCAGUGAAAAAAUGCUUUGUGCGAAUGGUAAAGCAGGCUUUUGCCAGGGUGACUCGGGUGGCACUCUGGUUUGCAAGAACAAGGCUGUGGGAGUAGUGUCGUUCAACGAGAGACAGAACUGUGACAAGCCAAAAAAGCCAAAUGUCUACACAAAGAUAUCAGCAUAUCUGCCCUGGAUAAAGAGUAUUUUAAAGAGUGUGAAACUGAAAUAA